UGCACACACCAACUCCCCAGCUCCUCUGCUGGAAAGAGAGCCGGGAAAGAUUGGUUUGAGGAAUUGCUUUUGGAGCAGGUACAUUCCUGCACAGGCAGAAUGUCCAAGCCCUCUCGCUUGGCUCGACCUUUGGCAGCUAAUACAGCUCCUAAAUCGCCUUUGUCUAGGAAAGAAGAUUUUAACAGCCGGUCGCGAAAAAUUAGGCUAGGGGAAAAGAUUUUGAGAGCUGGCAGUGAAGGAAACCUGGUGAAACAGCAUCAGCAAGAGCAGGUGGAAAUCACAGGAGGGUUUGUGCCACGGAGGGCUCCUUUCCUGAAAGACCAGGCAAAGCCCAGUCUGCACGUAACGUCGCUGGACGAUGCGGAAUGCCUCCGAUCUAAAGAGCUCCUUUCGGCGCCCGGCACUCACCCUGCUUCUAGCUCAAAGGCAACCCGCAACAUCCCUCGAAGACACACAGUAGGUGGCCCUCGCAGUUCCAAAGAGAUACUGGGAAUGCAAACCUCAGAAAUGGACAGGAAGAGAGAGGCCUUUCUUGAGCACCUGAAGCAGAAAUAUCCCCACCACGCUACAGCAAUAAUGGGACACCAGGAAAGGCUGAGAGAUCAGACUAGAAGCCCAAAGCCGUGCCAGAGCCCGCAGCCCACUCUGGGAGACCAGACAGAACACCUCUCUGAAGCAUCAGCUGAUUCCUUAGAGGCCAUGUCCGAGGGGGACUCUCCAAGCCCCUUCUCAAGGGGCAGCCGCACGCGGGCGAGCCUUCCCGUGGUGCGCUCGGCAAACCAAACCAAGGAGAGAUCGCUGGGUGUUUUAUAUCUUCAGUAUGGAGAUGAAACAAAGCAGCUGAGGAUGCCAAACGAAAUCACAAGCACAGACACAAUUCGUGCCCUUUUUGUAAGUGCCUUCCCCCAGCAGCUGACCAUGAAAAUGCUGGAGUCUCCCAGUGUGGCCAUUUACAUCAAGGAUGAGAGCAGAAACAUUUACUAUGAAUUGUGUGAUGUGAGGAAUAUUCAAGACCGAUCUUUCCUUAAAGUUUACAACAAAGAUCCUGCACAUGCAUUUAAUCACGCUUCCAGAGCUGUCAAUGGAGAUAUAAGGAUGCAGAGGGAAAUUGCUUAUGCAGGUCGCGAUGGCCCGAGCGCCGCCCGCCCCGGAUCCGCCACGCACCCUCCUCACGCGAUGCCCAGCUCGCCACCCUCCACCCCGGUGCCCCACUCCAUGCCUCCCUCUCCGUCCAGGAUUCCCUACGGCGGCGGCCGGCCCGUGGGCGUGCCAGGCAACGCCACCAUCCCCAGGGACCGGCUGUCCGGCGUGCCGGCCUCGCGCUCCAUCUCGCCCAGCCCCAGCGCCAUCCUGGAGAGGCGAGACGUGAAGCCGGACGAGGACGUGGGCAGCAAGACCCUCGCCCUGAUCCGAAACGAAGGUCUGUACGGUGACCCCUACUUGUACCACGAGGGGAGGAUGAGUGUGGCCGCUUCCCACUCCGGACACCCCCUCGAUGUCCCCGACCACAUUGUAGCCUACCACCGCGGUGCCGUCAGGUCCUCGAGCGCCUACUGCAGCCCCUCCAUGCAGCCCGAGAUGCUGGAGCAGUCCUUGUACAGACAAAAGUCUCGGAAGUACCCGGAGAGCCACUUGCCCACUCUGGGCUCCAAAACGCCUCCCGCCUCGCCCCACAGGCUGGCUGACAUGAGAAUGAUGGAGAUUCAUCCUCACCAUAGCGCUCACAUCCCCCCACACACCCUGCAGCCUGACAGGGCCUCUCCCAGCCGCCAGUCCUUCAAAAAGGAGCCAGGCCAGCCUGUCUUUGUGGAUGCCAAAGCACGGAGCGCCCUCGGCCUCUCGGGCAUGGCUGAGGCGGUGCCAUCUCCAGUCGACAAGCAGGCCUUUGGCUAUGGGUCACCUGUGAUGCCCAAGGACAAGGAGACAAGAGAGAGGAUACAAGCCAUGGAGAAACAGAUUGCCAGUUUAACUGGUCUUGUUCAGUCUGCGCUUUUUAAAGGGCCAAAUACAAGUAAUAGCAAAGAGGCUUCUAGUGAGAAGAUGAUGUUGAAAAUUGCAUCCAGCAAGAGCAGCGUUGACACUGCAGGUGCUGCUAACACAUCUGGAGGGAAGAAUGCUUUGGUCGCUGUGGACUCAGCUGUCACCCAUCAUCACCCUGCUGCAGCCCCAUCCAUGCAACUGAGCCUGCACGGUAUGAAACGCAACGUGUCGGACCUGCGGCUGCAGCUGCAUCAGAUGAAGCAGCUACAGCUGCAGAACCAGGAGGUGCUGAGGGCGAUGGUGAAGAAAGCAGAGCUGGAAAUCAAUGGCAAGAUGAUGGAAACCGUGAAGAGGCUGGAAGAUCCUGUGCAGCGACAGCGCAACCUGGUGGAACAGGAGAGGCAGAAAUACCUCAACGAGGAGGAGAGGAUCGUAAAGAAGUUGUGUGAGCUGGAGGCAUUUGUUGAAGACCUGAAGAGGGACUCCAGUGCUUCCAGCAAGACAGUUACCCUGAAAGAUGUUGAAGAUGGAGCCUUUCUUCUGCGUCAAGUGGGAGAGUCUGUUGCCACCCUGAAAGGAGAGUUCCCCACGCUGCAGAACAAGAUGCGUGCAAUACUGAGGAUUGAGGUGGAAGCUGUGAGGUUCCUGAAGGAAGAGCCACACAAGCUGGACAGCUUGCUGAAGCGUGUGCGCAGCAUGACCGACAUCCUCACCAUGCUCAGGAGACAUGUUACAGAAGGACUGCUGAGGGGUGUGGAUCCAUCCCAACCCAUGCAGUACUCUACCAUGGAAAAGGCCACAGCAGCUGAUACUCUGAAAAGCCAGGAGGAGCUCAAGCAUGCCCAGGGACACGCACAGCAAAGCCUCACAGCCGUCACAUCAGAGAACCAGGUGUCAUCAGUCAAGUCAGAAGUCAUCCCCUUCUCCACAAUGACAGUCCAUCACGUGCAGAGCUCUCCUGUUGUCAUCCAUCAGUCCCAGCACUCAUCAGCCCUGGUCAACCAUGCCCAGGGUUCACCCACUGCAGCCAGCCACAGUGAAGGUGUGUCGGCGGGUGGCCACCUCUCAGCCACCCCACCAGCCCCCCUGCAAGAGCCCACAACAGGAUCCCAACCUACACAAGCCACGCCAGCACCACAGGUCUCUGUCAAUGGCACCUCCAUGCAAAGUCUUCUCAUUGAGGAAAUCCACAGUGCAAGCACCAGGAGCCGAGCUGUAUCCAUUGAGAAAGCUGAGAAGAAAUGGGAAGAGAAAAGACAAAAUCUCGAUCACUAUAAUGGAAAGGAAUUUGAAAAGCUCUUGGAAGAGGCCCAAGCCAACAUAAUGAAAUCAAUUCCUAACCUGGAGAUGCCUCCCCAGACAGCAGCACUGCCUAAAGGGGAUGCAGUGGAAAAGCUAGAAGUCUCAGAGGAAGUUCCUGAUGGAGAACAGGAUAAUGACAAGCUGACCAAGUCUCCGCCUCCUCCACCUCCACGGCGCAGUUACCUGCCAGGGUCAGGACUAACCACAACAAGAUCAGGAGAAGUCGUCUAUGCAGCCAGAAAAGAGGCUGCUGUUGUCAAGGAAUGCAGUGAAGAUGCUGGGCAGGUAGAACAACCCAAAGCCUCCAAAGAGGAGCAGGCAUUGCCUCGGAGCGCAGGGCAUGCUGUUGCAUCGGCUGCAAAAGAUGACGAGGAAGAGGAAGGAGAUAAAAUCAUGGCUGAAUUACAGGCUUUCCAGAAGUGCUCUUUUAUGGAUGUAAACUCAAACAGUCAUGCUGAACAGUCCAGAAAUGAUACACAUGUUAAAGACAUAAGGCCUGGGACUUUAAUGCAUCACAAGGAAAAGAAGAACUUAGAAUUUUGCUCUGAAGACGGGCAGGAAUCAGAUGACAACUUCAGACAUGCCUCUGCAGCUGUAAUCAGAGUGGUGUAUGGGGCUACAACAGGAUCUCCCACAGAUAGUGACCAUCCUAAAGAGAAGAGGGAAGGGAAAACUGAAGAAGAAUUGGGUUCUGAUUCAUCCAGCACAGCUGACAGUAAAGUUGGCUUUUCAAUGAAUGACAGUCCUACAUUUAGCAAGGGUUUGUUUGUAGACAGUAGAGACUAUUCUAAGAAAAACCUUCAGAAUGUGAGCACAAACCUGUCUGGUAUCAGUUUGCCAGAGGAUGACAAAAGAAGAGGGGCUCGGGAUAUUUUAGGAUCCCAUUUUCCAGCUGUUGAAACUGGAAACCAAAGGCCAGACUACAGAGCCUCCCGAGAUGCUCACCAGGGCCCGCUGCAGGGUGAAGCCUUGCAGAGCACAGGCAAGCAUAUUCCCAGCAGCAGUGUCGCCCCUCUCAUGAGGCACGCACAGGAGGCCGGGGGGCCUCAGCCUCCCUCGCAGGAGCAAGAAGCUUCUGCAGGCAGCUAUAACCAGGUUGUGCUAAGACCCAGAGUAGCCAGAAGCAACAGCACUGAAGAGACAGACUCUCCAGCGAGCUCUCCAAGCGAAGACAGCCCACCUACGGAAAACAUUGCCUUCAUGAUCACUAAAACAGCCGUCCAGGUCCUCUCCAGUGGGGAAGUUCAUGACAUAGUCAGCCGGAAGGGUGGCGAUGUGCAAACAGUGAACAUCGACGCUAGGAAGGACGCGGCCUCGGAGAAGGGCACCCCGGGAAGCAUGGACAGUGAAGAGCCGGUGGUGUGUCUGGACAAGAAACCUGUCAUCAUCAUCUUUGAUGAGCCAAUGGACAUCAGGUCAGCAUACAAGAGGCUUUCUACCAUUUUUGAAGAGUGUGAUGAGGAGUUGGAGAAGAUGAUGACAGAUGAAAAGAUAGAAGAGGAAGAGGAGGAGGAAGAGAACGAAGCACACAACAUCUCCAAGAGCCAGAAGGAAGAGCCACCAGCAGCUAAUGACAGAAGGGCAAGCACGGAGUAUUCAGCAGCUCACAGUCUCGAUGAGCAGCACAUCGCUGACCUUGAGCCUUCCUCUGACCCUGCAGAAAGCAGACUGCCUGUAGAGGAGGAAAGCACGACGACAAACCUUGACAAAUACCGUCAGAUCUAUGGGCUGAGCACACAAACAAACCUGGACUCUGCUGAUCAGUUUGGAAGCAGGCAGGAUUCCAAGAAAAAAUUCAAGUUCAAAUUCCCUAAGAAGCAGCUGGCUGCUCUGACACAGGCCAUAAGGACAGGAACCAAGACUGGAAAGAAGACCUUGCAGGUUGUGGUCUACGAAGAAGAAGAGGAAGAUGGGACUGUGAAGCAGCACAAGGAAGCAAAGAGAUUUGAAAUCACCGGGACUCAAUCUGAGGACAGUGACAAAAGUCCUUCUGGGAAGCAAGAGGGCCCCUCUGGAGCUGCACUGUCUCUGUCUAGGACUGAUGAAAUUCGGCAGAGCACCUACCGGACGCUAGACAGCCUCGAGCAGACCAUAAAGCAGCUGGAAAACACCAUCAGUGAAAUGAGUCCAAAAUCUAUCCCUGAAAACACACACAGCUCUGAGGGAAGCACUGUCCCCUUCUCUGCCCAGAUAGUAGCAGAGACCCCACCCCGAGAGCUUGUAGUGCUGGAUGAGAGCCUUGCUGGCGUAGAGCCCCCUCCGGCUGCCCCAGCCACCUCACGUAAGGGCUCCAGCGCCGCCUCCCAGACCAGCCGGAUGCCGGUGCCCCUGGCUUCAAAGAGUAGACAAGGGAGCGUGGAGAAGGCAGGCAAACAGCACAAGCUGCAGGACCCACGCCAGUACAGACAGGCUAAUGGAAGUGCUAAGAAAGCUGGUGGGGACUAUAAGGCUACUUCCCCUACCCUACCUGCUUCUAAGAUCCCAGCCUUUUCUCCCACUUCUGGGAAAAGCAGCUCAGCACCUGCUUCUAGCAGUGACAGCUCUAACCCUCUUAAUCCACCUACUAAAAGCUCCAUUCCUUCCUCUAACCUUCCUCAGACAGGUCGUAUAACUUACUCUACCUCCCUCAUCCCCUCUGUCUCUAACGGUUCCUCCAAGUUUCAGAGCCCCUCUCACCCAGGGAAAGGUCAUCAUCUCUCCUUCUCACUACAGACUCAGAACGGCCGGUCACCCCCUCCUUCCUCCUCUACCUCCCCCCCCUCCUCUACCUCUCCCACCUCACUGAGCCAAGGUAUGAAGAGCAUCAGGACAAUCCACACCCCUAGCUUCACCAGCUACAAGGCACAGAACGGAAAUGCCGGCAAGUCCACCCCAGCCACCACAGCCAAGGAGCCAUCCUAAAGGCUGAGCUCAGCACGCCUGCCAGCUCACCAAGGCUUUGUCUUCACUUCCAAAGAACCCACAGCCAAUAUUUUAACCAGGGAAUGUAACCAUUUUGCUGUAUUGCUGAAGGCUUCAUACUAAUCCCAUGCUAAACACUGAGUUACUGCCCUAGAGUAGAGUGAAGCUUUUUCUUUUCCUUUGUUGUUUUGAAAGCUCUGUUGCUGUUGUAAGGAUUUGGGAGCCUUUGCUCCCUGCAGGCAGCACUCCUGGCAGCGAGGGGUGCAAGGGGAGCUGGCUGUGUGCGACAGCAGCAUCCAGAGCAGGAGGAGGUGCCCAGGCACCACUGCAGGGAGCUGUUUUGUACAAAGCUAUUUUUCAUUAUGGGGACUAGAAGCGAACAGAGGUCUACUAAAGUGUGACGAUACACAACUGUAA